UACACUUUUGGCCAACGUUCCUUGCCAAAUUUAGGCGAGUUUAGGAAGAUAAACACUGGAACGCACAAGUUAUAAGGUUCUUGUUCAUGGGUUUGCAACUUUAUGAGACCACCAUUUAUUUCCUCAAUUCUUCAGUCUUGUGUGGUUGUCACUCAGAGUAGACACCAAUGAGAAGUACAUUAGUCUCAUGGCUUUCCUUCAUUCUCUGCUACUGGAUAUUUCUUAGUACCCACAUCUUUGUCGCCUCUGGCGUAUGUCUUGAUGAUCAACAAUCAUUGCUUCUCCAACUAAAGAACAACCUCACAUUCAACCAUGAAAGUUCCAGCAAACUAGAGUUGUGGAAUCAAAGCAUUGCUUGCUGUAAUUGGAGUGGUGUAACCUGUGAUGUUGAGGGACAUGUUAUUGGCCUUGACCUGAGUGGAGAAUCAAUCUCUGGUGGAUUUGACAGUACAAGUAUUCUUUUCAGUCUCCAACAUCUCCAGAAAUUGAACUUGGCAUCUAAUAAUUUCAAUUCUGUCAUUCCAUCGGGAUUCAACAAGUUGGAGAACUUAACUUAUCUGAAUUUGUCAUAUGCUAGCUUUGUGGGGCAGAUUCCAAUAGAGAUUUCUCGGCUGACAAGGUUGGUUACUCUUGAUAUCUCUUCUCUUUCCUAUUUAAUAGGGCAAGAGUUGAAACUUGAGAACCCAAAUCUACAAAAGCUUAUCCAAAAUCUCCCCAGUAUUAGGCAACUGUAUCUGGAUGGUGUAACUAUAACAGCUCAGGGACAGGAAUGGUGCAAUGCUUUGUUGUCGUUGCCUGACCUUCAAGAAUUGAGCAUGAGGCACUGCAAUCUCUCAGGACCCCUUUAUUCUUCCCUUACAAGACUUGAGAACCUAUCAGUCAUUAUUCUUGAUGGGAACAAUUUAUCAUCAAGAGUGCCAGAAACAUUUGCCAAUUUGAAAAAUCUGACCACCCUCAGUCUUGAUUAUUGCGGGUUGACUGGAAUAUUUCCACAGGAGAUCUUCCAGAUUGGAACGUUGUCAGUUAUUGACAUAUCAUACAACGAAAAUCUCCUUGGUUUCUUUACAGACUUCCCCCUGAGUGGAUCUCUCCAGACCCUAAGAGUAAGUAAUACAAACUUCUAUGGAGAAUUUCCACAAUCUAUUGGUAACAUGAGGCACUUAUCUGAAUUGGAUUUUUCUUAUUGUCAAUUUAACGGAACACUUCCCAAUUCACUGUCAAACCUCACAAAACUCAGUUACGUGGAUUUGUCAUUUAACAGCUUCACAGGUCCAAUGCCAUCAUUUGGCAUGGCAAAAAAUCUUACCCACUUAGACCUUUCUCAUAAUGGUUUAAGUGGUGCAAUUCCAUCAUCUUCUCACUUUGAAGGACUGCACAGUCUUGUCAGCAUUGACUUGCGUUUUAAUUCUAUGGAUGGGAGCAUUCCUUCAUCCCUUUUUGCACUCCCAUUACUGAAGAGGAUUCAGCUUUCCUACAACCAGUUCAGUCAACUAGACAAUUUCACAAAUGUCUCUUCCUCUAUAUUAGACACCCUCGAUUUAAGUAGCAAUAAUCUAUCAGGGCCUUUUCCAGCGUCUAUCUUCCAGCUCAGUACACUCUCUAUCCUCCAACUAUCCUCAAACAAGUUCAAUGGAUCAUUGGAGCUAAAUAAGCUCUUGGAGCUCAGAAAUUUAAGUACACUAGAUCUUUCAUACAACAAAUUAUCAGUCAAUGUGAAUGUUAUAAAUGCUGACAUGUCUUCCUUUCCCAACAUUAGCAAUCUAAAAUUGGCAUCCUGCCACUUGAAAACUUUUCCUGACUUUUUGAGAAACCAGUCUAGAUUAACCUAUCUAGACCUUUCAGAUAACCAGAUUCAAGGAAAAGUGCCCAACUGGAUUUGGAAUCUAUACAAUCUUGGAAGCCUUAAUAUUUCUCACAAUUUGCUGACUGACUUGGAAGGACCUUUGCAGAAUCUUACUUCCAACUUGUUUCUCCUUGACCUUCAUCACAACCAACUGCAGGGGCCAAUACCUUUUUUUCCAAAAUCUCCUGCCUAUUUGGAUUACUCAAGUAACAAAUUUAGUGCUGUUAUCCCACGGGACAUUGGUAAUUACCUUUCUGUCACAAUUUUUCUCUCUCUUUCAAACAACACUCUUCGUGGCAGCAUCCCUGAUUCCUUCUGCAAUGCUUCAAGUCUUCAAGUGCUUGAUCUUUCCAAUAAUAACAUAUCCGGAAGAAUUCCCUCAUGUUUAUUGACAAUGAGUGAGUCCCUUGGGGUACUAAAUCUGAGGAAGAACAAACUCAAAGGUCCCAUCCCAGAUAUGUUUCCAGCUUCCUGUGCUCUAAAGACUCUGGAUCUCCGAGGAAAUGAAUUAGAUGGACAGAUUCCACAAUCUCUUUCCAAUUGCACAAAAUUAGAAGUGUUAAACCUUGCAUGUAACCAGAUUACUGAUGGUUUUCCAUGCUUGUUGAAGAAGAUACCCACACUCCGUGUCCUGGUCUUGCGGGAAAACAAAUUCAGAGGUCAAAUUGGAUGUAAAAAGACCAAUGGUACUUGGCACAUGCUUCAGAUAGUUGAUCUAGCCUUUAACAACUUCAGUGGUGAACUACCUGGAAAAUGCUUCACUAGGUGGGAGGCAAUGAUGUAUGAUCAAAACCCAGCUGAAUCAAAGGCAAAUCACAUCCAAUUUCAGGUUUUUCAAUUUGCUCCAUCAUAUUAUCAGGAUUCAGUGACAGUCACAAGCAAAGGUCAACGGAUGGAGCUGGUUAAGAUUCUAACUGUCUUCACUUCCAUUGAUUUCUCAUCCAACCAUUUCUAUGGAGAAAUACCACAAGAGCUAUUUGAUUUUAAAGCACUCGAUGUGCUUAACUUGUCAAAUAAUGCUCUUUCUGGCCAAAUUCCAUCAUCAAUGGUCAAUCUCAAGCAGCUUGAAUCCUUAGACCUGUCAAAUAACUCACUGGAAGGAAAUAUUCCAACAGAGCUUGCAAUUCUAUCUUUCCUAUCAUUCCUGAACCUCUCUUUUAAUCAACUAUCAGGAAAAAUCCCUACAGGUACCCAAAUUCAAUCAUUUCCAGAAUCUUCCUUCAUUGGUAAUAAAGAAUUAUGUGGCCCUCCUUUGCCUACAAAUUGCAGUGUCAAUAUCAGUCCACCAAUGAUAGAUGAAGUAAAAGGAAUUGAUUGGCAGUAUAUAUCAACUGGAAUGGGUUUUGGGGUUGGAGCUGGACUAGUUGUUGCCCCAUUGAUGAUUUGGGAGAGAGGAAUAAAAUGGAGCAAUGAUAUCAUUGACAAUUUUCUCAUGGUUGUUCUUCCAAUUUUUGGGUUAGCUUAUACCCCCAUUGGUGAUGAAGAAGAAGAGGAUGAUGACACAGAAGAGAAGAACUCAGAUGUGACAGAAGAAUUUGAUUCGGGUUAUUCAAUGUUCAGAGGGUGGUAUUGUGUUUUUUGUUCCAAACUUGACAUCACCAAGACGAAGGUCAUUCAUGACCUCAGCUGCACAUGCUAUCGCUCAUCACCAGCUUCAAAUUCUUCUCGUUCAUCAGAGUCACAUUCCUCUUAG